AUGGCGAGUAAAGAGCCUAUCACGCACUUUGGGCUGCGCCCCGCAACGCGAUUUACGACCUCCGUUGACGCCAAUGGAAAGGGUGUUUUCACCAAAGCCGAUCAGGGGGACUUCGAAGCAACCAUGGGAGACGGAAGAGUGGCUCGGUUUGACCUUUUUCAGGCAAACCAGGUCCCCGUCAACAUGAACGACGAUGCAGAUAUCAAGUACUCUGCUGCGAACCAGCCAGGCUUACACGUACCCAACGGCGUGGCUUUUCGCAUGACGGAUUUCGCACCCGAAGGUGGAUCCGAUUGGCAUCGCGCAGCACUUUUCGCGUUUGUCAUCGUCGUGGAAGGGGAGUUCGAGCUUAGCCUUGAUGGCGGCGAGUCGAAGGUCUUGCUCCCAGGGGACACUACUCUUGUGCGCGGUCCGUCUCACAAAGUCCGCAAUCCAUCCACCACUCGGCCUUGUCGCACUUUAUGGGUGCUACUGGAUGUUACUCCUACCCAUAUUAAUGGUAAACUCCUUAAGCAUGAAAUGGGGCAACAUUCGGGAGAGUACCAGGAGGGUUCUAAGUAG